AUGGGAGACAUGACGAUCGCCACGAAAACUGUGCACGAAUCUGCGGCGUGUCUGUUGUCCUAUGACCGCUUUGGCCGCCUGGUCUCGCGCAGUGCCCUUGCGCGGGAGACGGGCACCACUGUGUCAGUGCGGGAACUCUUCAAGCGGCUUCCGGUGCGGCACCGAGAGUUUCAGAAGAAUGCCAAGGCCCAGGUCAGCGCCACCCUGCGCCUCAUUCAAGCCUACGCAGUCGCCCAGCCAGAGGUUCGCUUCAGCGUCGUCUCGGAGAAAUUGCGCGGGCCCGGUGGCGGCCGAACCACGUUGAUGGCCACGUCAGGCACGGCACGCAACUGGACUCAGGCCGCAGCAGCCGUGCUGGGCGACGCUGCGCUCUCCGGGGCGCUGCCACUGGCAGCCACAAUGGAAGGUUGGGAGGUGGAAGGCCUGAUCUCCCCCCCCUUCGGCGGGCGCCGAAGCCGCGACGCGCAGCUCUUCUUCGUGAACCGCCGACCGGUCGAUCCCCCAAAGCGCAUCGCCAAGCUGAUUAACGACACCUACCACCAGUACAACUCAAGAGCUUGGCCUUUGGUGAUCUUGGCCUUCACUGCUCCUCAAGGCCUGGUGGAUGUCAACGUAACGCCGGACAAGAAGACCGUGUUCCUGCACCACGAGGCUGGGAGUGGGAGCAGCUUGUGGUGCCCUUUAGGGUCUUCUUUUUGA